UUUCACGACUGCUGUCUUGCAUUAUCCCGGGAAUUUGAAAGGCUAAUAAAGGUUAAAGGAAGGAGUAUCGUAUCAAUUUAUCUUCAUGAGACAUGUUUUCGAGAUAGUAUUGAACAGCUGUUAUCACGGGAUGUUACUACAUGUAGAUUAAAAGUGAUUGUGAUAUAAAUUUAGAAAAAUAAAUAAUUUACAACUAUAAAAAGCUAUGAAUCUGUAAAUACAUAUUUAUGCAGUAAUGUUUGUUCAUAAAUUUGUUAUUCAAUAAUAAAAUAAUUAAGUGAUCUUUUUAUUGUUGAAUUUCAUAAUCAUUUUUAUAUAAAUUUCAAACAUUUUCAUUGUGAAUAAUUUGAAAUGACGAUUUCAGGUAAGGACAAAUUAUUUUGUUGCUUUUGCUUAUACCGUAUAGGAUACAGUUAUUACUUUUUCGAUCACUUCGUUGGCUGACAUGGGAAAUGUCAAAGGAUCCUGUAUAAUAUUAGAGAAUAUUAUAAAUGACUCAAAGUUUAACAAUGAGUCCUCAGAGUUAUAAAAAUCAUAUCACAACAAAAGCUAUGGCAUCUAAUGGUUAUACUGGUACUAGUACUCCAGCUGAGUCUAAAAACCAUUCAUCACCUUGUGAGUUAUUUAAUUCAAUGCCAUGGUUUGGUAUGGAUAUAGGAGGUACAUUAUCUAAACUAGUGUAUUUUGAACCUAAAGACAUUACAAGGGAUGAAGCAAAUGCAGAGGUAGAGACUUUGAAAAAUAUCCGACGGUAUUUAACUAAAAAUUCGGCAUAUGGAAAAACAGGUCACAGAGAUACACAUUUACAAAUGGAUAAUGUCUGCAUUAGAGGUAGACGUGGUACGUUACAUUUUAUUAGAUUUCCUACAAGUGAAAUGGGAAAUUUUCUAGCAUUAGCAAGGUCUAAGGGUAUGGCAAAUCUUGUAACAACAGUUUGUGCUACUGGUGGUGGAGCAUAUAAAUUUGAAAAAAAUUUUAAACAAGAAGUAAACAUGAAUUUAGCAAAAUUUGAUGAGUUAGAUAGUUUAAUACGUGGUAUGCUUUAUAUAGAAACGACAAAUCCACAUGAAUGUUAUUAUUGGUCGCAUCCUACGGAUGAUAGUAAAUGUCAAAAAAUUCCUUAUGAUUUUUCUGAACCCUACCCUUUUUUGCUUGUAAACAUAGGAUCAGGAGUAAGCAUAUUAGCUGUUUAUGGGCCAGAUAAUUAUAAAAGAAUAUCAGGAACUAGUCUAGGUGGUGGCACAUUUUUAGGAUUAUGUUGUUUACUAACUGGGUGUAAUACUUUUGAAGAGGCAAUAGAAUUAGCAACUGGAGGUGAUAAUACCAGAGUGGACAAGUUAGUUAAAGACAUUUAUGGUGGAGAUUAUGGACCUUUUGGUCUUCCUGGAGAUCUUGUCGCAAGCAGAGAUUUACCUGCAUAUUGUUUUUAUCAUAUAUACAGUUUUGGACAAAUGAAUUCGAAAGAUCGUCGAAAUGCAGUUAGUAAAGAAGAUCUUGCACGCGCAACACUUGUUACUAUUACAAACAACAUUGGCUCUAUUGCACGUAUGUGUGCUGUGAAUGAAAAAAUUGAAAGGGUAGUGUUUGUAGGAAAUUUCCUUAGGGUGAACCCUAUAUCAAUGAAACUUUUGGCCUAUGCUAUGGAUUAUUGGUCUAAAGGAACAAUGAAAGCUUUGUUCUUAGAACAUGAGGGUUAUUUUGGCGCAGUAGGAUGUCUGCUCCAAUUUAAUGGUGAAACAAGUUAAAAUGAUAGAAAAGUGCAUAAUAUAUAGCAUUCCAAAAACGAAUCUUUUUAAAGAUUAAUAUGCAAUUAUUUAACAUAAUUAUUUAUUUUUGUUAUAUAAUAUUUAAUUUCUCAGGAAUUGUUGUAUAUGUAGUUACAACAUUAUAUUUUAGCAAUAGCAAAAGCCCAUGGUCAGAAUUGUAUUAUUUUCAAAUAUGACCAUAUUUAUUAUAGUUUUGAGAAAUAAGUAUAUUGUUUUAGGGAAUUACUUUGAUAUAUAUUACGUGAUAAUCGCAUAAAAACCUAAUGUGGGCACAAACCUUACGCGCGUUUAUAUACAAGAUUUUAAUGGACCAAAGCUCAACGCAUCAAAUUUACUCAAAUAUUCUUUAUAUGAGUAACUUAGGUCUACCUCAUAAUUUAUUUCCUAAACGUUUUUAUAAAUACACGUUCGAGUUCUACUUAGAAAGCAUCAUAAAUAGAAUUUUCCAAUUAUUAAGAACCCGCAAGAAAAGAAAGAAUUAAUUGCAGUUUUAAGUACUUAACCCCUGUUAUUAUUUAUAUGUCUUUAAUUUGAUUAUUAAAAAAAUGUAAAAUACGGCAAUCAAUUAGUGUCACGUUACGGUGAUUAUUGAACCUAAUACAAAAUAUACGGUCAGUGGCCACAUUCAUAGGUUACUUAUAUGCAUUUUUUAGUUACUUGAAAAAUAUCAUAUGGGUGAUGUACUAGGUGGUAUUAAUCAUUAUUGAAUUUGAAUGUGUUAUACAUACGGUGUCUUGAGAUGUAGACACAUUUUUUUACAAAAUAAUUUAUAAUGUGACAAACAAUAUCAUGGAAAUUAUUACAAGAAUCCUUGUAUAGCGCUAUAUAAACAAAUGUAUUUUACGAUGUGUUUGACGUUAUGGCUAAUAUUUAUAUAAAUCUAGAGAAAUAACAGAAAACUUGUUUAAAGUUAAUUUCUACGGAACAGAAACAAAUGUAAUUUUCUUGUAUUAAUAAAUGCUUCCAUAUUUGGCAUUCAAUGUUAGAAAGUUUAAA